ACUUGAAGUCUACCUAGAGUAACGACUAAUUGGCCAUACAUACUAGAACACCUGCUUCAGAAGGACCUUGUGUCAACUAUCUCACUUUGUAUCGGUAAGCAGGACUAGUGACGUAUUUACAGUGUGCUUGUUGUUUUGCUUUCAUUAACAGAGACAACAACUGAUGAGAAAUGCAGUGGCUAUCAUUGUUGAUAUGCUGCGGAUUCGUCCUAGCGAUCACUGAUGGAACCGUGUUCUUGGAACGAGGCAGCAGAGGGAUCGUGCCCUGUCCUCUCGUAAAAUCUCGCGAAAUCUCCCGAAAAAACGUUGACGCGAUGUUCUGGUACUAUGGCUCAACGAGCGACACAUCCUUGCUCAUCUGGUACUCCUUGGGACGAGUGGCUCCCCUGCCAAACGGGAUCCCAGAGGGCGUCUAUGAUAUCGAUAAUGAGUUCAGUCUCGUCAUUCAGAACGUCACCGCCUCCAAUGAGGGAAGCUACUUUUGGAAGUUGAAACCACAUUUGGUGAUAGAAGAGGGACAAGUUGAAGUUUGUGUCAAGGUUUCCCCAAGACGUCCGUAUCCUACCGUCAUCGGCUGCAAUCAAGACCACGACGCAGACACGUGUGAGAUGAGAGUACGACACGACAGCACGGUGCAUAACCUGACCUGCGUCAUGGAGCAGGUCAAACCUGCUGUUGAACUGAGAUGGAUCCACCUGUUUUGGGGCGGGAAGACUGAACUAAAGGCCUCCACAUCAGUCUGGCCUGAAGUUCUACCCGCCUACACUGGGGCGUCGUUGAGGAACAACACCUUUUCGACUUCAGCAUCAGUCCAAGUGACAACAGUUGAUGGCGAUCAUGAAGUAUUCGUGUGUAAGGCAAAAGGGGUUGUUGUUGGCAAAGGCGCACGCAUGAGGGUACGCAUUACCAAAGCUCAUCACACCACAGUGUCUCAUGAGGAAGUUCAGACCGACAAUCCAGGGUCGUCGUUGAGGACCAACACCUAUUCAACUUCAGCAUCAGUCCAAGUGCCUGCCGUUGACAGUCAGGAAGCAUGCACGUGUAAGGCAACGGGUGUUGAAGGCAAAAACCAACGCAUAAUAGUACGCCUUACCAAAACUCAUUACAUCCAAUCAUCCAACAAUCUAGGAUCAACGCUUGUUUGGGCUGACGAAGUAUCACCAACUGCUAACAAACCUGCUCAGAAUAGGCCUACCAUUCCUGAGAUUUUACUAGGGAUCGUGUUGAUAUUCGCAUUUAUCGUCAUUGCCGGUCUCAUCCGCUUGGUAUAUGUACAGAGGAAAUACAUUAAAUUCAAUCGUGCACGGGAGAGGAGGCCUAACUAUGAAAUGCAGGCAGCCGUUUGA